AUGGUGCUGCGUGUGACCGUUAUGUGCGGUGUGCUGGCGUUGGUGAUGGCCCGCGGACAGGCAGCGAACCCGACCGGCGACGCAUUCACGCGCAACGAAAUAGUGCCCGAUCUGAUCGACGUCGCACCGGAGCAAACGAUCAAGAUCACGUACCCGGAGUCGGAUGUGGAGGUGUCGCUCGGCAACCAGCUCACCCCGACGCAGGUACGAUCGCAGCCGAAGCUGUGCUGGGGCGUGGAAACGAACGCCCUCUACACGCUGCUGAUGGCCGACCCGGAUGCACCAUCGCGCAGCAACCCGGAGAUGCGCAGCUGGAAACACUGGGUGGUGGGCAACAUUCCCGGCAUGGAUGUGGCGGCCGGUGAGAUACUGGCGGACUACGUCGGGUCCGGCCCACCCCAGGGUACCGGGCUGCAUCGGUACGUGUUUCUCGUGUACAAGCAGCAGGACCGUGUAACGUUCAACGAAACGGUGCUCAGCAGCAGGAACCCGAACCGUGGCAAAUGGAAUCCGGCAGAGUUUGCGAAGCGCUACGAGCUGGGCGAUCCGGUUGCCGGCAACUUCUACCAGGCCCAGUACGAUGACUACGUCCCGGAGCUGUACGCCACCUUUACGGACACGACCUGAACGAGGCAGGAUCUUGUUCGGCGUUCGUA